UCCCGGCGUGCCGCGUGGGGCGGGCGCAGGCGCGGAAGGGGUGUUAUCCCGGAACCCGCGGAGCCUGCGAGGUUGCCAAGGGUCGUCUCUCCGCUCUCACGCGCGGCAGGCUGUGCGUGCCGCGGAGCCGCUCGCCAUGUCGACGAUGGCUGCCGCCAGCUGCGACACCAAGGGCGCGGGCGAAGCGCGGGAAGAGAAGAAGCCGCUGAAGCCCUGCUGCGCCUGCCCGGAGACCAAGAAGGCGCGGGACGCCUGCAUCAUUGAGAAGGGGGAAGAAAACUGUGGGCACCUAAUUGAAGCUCACAAGGAGUGUAUGAGAGCUCUGGGUUUCAAGAUAUGAGUGAGAUGAGCAGGACUGUGAGUGUGAUGGUGCCUGUGGUGUGACUGUGUUACGGAAAGCUGCAAAAAUAAAUUAUUUCUGGAAAUUACGUCAAAGAACAAAUAUAAACAAAGAGUAUAUUUAUAAAGAGUCUGUGCUAGAGUGUGUAUCACAUCUGUGGCUUUUCCACUCUUAGCUCUUCACCACUACUAUACCAAAUAUAUUUUUUUCCUCUUAAUAAAAGUCUGAAAAUGA